GGAGUUUCCUUUCAUUUGGGGAGUGACUGUAAUAUAUAGAACUUGGCACUUUAUCCACCCUACAUGAGAACAGCUAUUUUUGAACCGCUGACGUUACAUUGAUAUCUAUGCAGUUUAUUACGAGAGGCGCGUUUGGAGUGACAGAUCUGGCUGUUUUUGUGGGGUUUUUUCUCUGCAGGGUUAUGUGAAAAGCUUCAUAUGCAUUGCAGUCUUAUUCUAAUUGCCUUUAAGUUUAUUUCUUCUUGGUAAGACUUGGUAUGGCUUUUUUUGCCGUCUGUCAUUGUAAAUGCCACCUGAAUGAAAGCACUUUGAAAAUGUUAACACUUUGUUUAACCUCUUAAACCAGAGACUUCAGAAACUACAACUGAUUUGGUUAAUUUAAGACAAUUUACUACAAGACAAAAAAGUGUGUGGAGAUGCCUGAAUAAAACUCAAGUGUCCCAUCCGUCCGUCUGUCUGUCCGUCUGUCUGUCUGUCUGUCAGAGUAAAGACUGACCGACGCGGAUCUGAAGCUCGUCUGCGUGAAGAGACGUAACCCGUGCCGUGUGUCUGGACUUUCUUUCCAGGUCGGGAUGAUCGCAGACGUCAGAAGUGCAUCGUCGAACCGCUUUCCAGUGGUUAUGAAGGUUUUCCUUUUGCCCUCUUUAAUAGCUCGUGUGUUUCUGAUGUUUCUCAGUCUUGAUUCUAGCGUCGGCUGCUGUCAGAUCAACACUUUCCUCUUUUAAUAAGAGCGAACGUCGCUUUAGAUCCUGUGAUUUUCAUUUUACUCUGACUUACAUUUCUACACUUAAUGUUAUUUCAGUUUGUCUCAUGAAAAUGUGUUCAGGCCACAUUUCACCCCUAAACCAAGAAACCGUGUAAAGAAAAUUAAAUUUAAGUAGUAUUUAUUUUCAAUUCAACUUCUUUCAAGUUAUUAUCAAUGCAAAUUUUCUCAUUUUCAUUUAGUUCAAGUUUUUCAACUAAUAUUUUAUUUUAGCUUUAUUUAAAUGAACAGAAAUGUUUUUAGUUAAUGACAAUAACUCUGAAUUUAAGAAUUGAAUCAUUCAUCACUGAACUAUAUCUCAGAAGCUGCAGGAAAAUAAAAAUAAAAUGUCCUUUCAAUUGAGAAUUGCAUUUGUAAAUUAUAAUUCUAAGCAUGCAUCGUGCUUUUAAUUUAUUCUGAUUUGAAUGUGUAUCUUUGUGUCUGAACAGGCAGUUUUCAUCACUCAUUGCAGGACAAAAGCUUCAUUUUCUUUAUGCAAAAUGACCAAUUUUAUCCAAGUUUGAUCAUAUUGAAAUAUUGAUUCUGGGGUGAAAUAUGACAUUUCUUUCUCAGGAGCAGAUUUUAAAGCUGAAAACGCGAGCAAUAAAGGUUAGUAUUGUUUUAUUUGGCUGUUGCAGAAAUGUUAAAGGCUCGUUUUCUCUCGUUUCUAUUCUGCUCUGAUUGCUGAUAGAAUUGUGUCGAAUUCACACACAGCGUUUCAAUCGUCUCUUGGCCAUUUUAACCCAGUUUAAUUCUGUUAACUUAAAAUCUCUAACCUUUAUGUGCAGAAAUAUGUUGAGAUUUUUUACAUUAUUUGAAGGUAACAAUAUCUUGUUUUAUUUCCCAUCAGCCCUCUCUCGAGCUGCCAUGAAGGUCUUGUUUGUGGAAGGCAGGUCAUGUAUACAACAGAAACUCGAUCUGGCAGGCCGAGCUGAUAUAAAUAGCGUGUCAUGAACAUCUGUGCGCUCCUGAGGACCGCCGUGUGUCUCCGUGACUAUUUUAGGCGAAUCCUUCAGAGGUCUGGGUCAGUCUUUACAUCCACAUUCACACUGGAUCUUUCCAUCAGCUCACAGAAACUGAUGUUAAUGGCUUCAUUACACCUGGCCUGUAACAGAUGCUGAACGACAGAAGGGGUCAAAUAUUGAAAUAUGAUGUAAGGUUACAAGUUAAAUAUGAAUGUGAGAUGUGUGGCCGUUGCAUACGGAGCGUUUAAAACCUUCACACACUUUUAUUCUGCUGCAUUGAAUUUAGUUUAACUUUGUUGAAAACAGAUCAUACGUACUCUGAUGUGUGAAAACAUGUUUUUACAAAAUGCUGAAACUGUUUAAAACUAUUAUUAUUAAACGAUUGUUAACCGCACAAACAAAAACAGUCACGUUCACACGCUUCAGUCGUUCUGUGUGAUUCCUCAUCUGAUUUCUCUUCAUUCUCCGCUGCAGAACAAUCUCUGAUCCGGACGGAUCUCAUUACAGUCUUCGGAUCAAAGGAGAUGGUCAGCACUCAAGUCUCUAAAUAAGCUCGCGCUGAGACGCUCCAUUGUUUCUGGAGGAGUCGUGAACGCGCUUUCCGUCACGUCAUCCCUGGGAGGAGGGAGCGCGCACCAGGGUGCGAGGAGGAGGAUGAGGAGAGGAGGAGGAGGAGGAGGAGGGUACCAAGGAGGAGAGGCUGCUGCCUGCGAGCAUCGAUGACAUCAACGAGCACAAGAAUCUCCGGAGGCUUCUGGAAAUGGAGGCGCGCGAGUGAGAGAUCCGCGUUUCUGCCUUAUAACGGAAUAUGAUGCUCGAGUCUCCCGGAGCUCUUCAACGGCACCGACACGCAGGAAUACCGGAUCAGACCGCUGAGGAUUAUGAAAACCAGGACAUGAAGCUCAAACACAUCUAGAAAAAAAGAGAAGCGAGUGCGAUAUUAAUGCAAGAUUCUGUGUUACUUCUACACUGAAAUAAAUGAUGUUCCUCAGUACUUUUCUCUUGCUUGCGUCUGGACGUCGGUGAAGCCGUCGAGGGUCAUGGCUGUCCGGGUCGGCAGAGGUCCGGUCCUCCAGGUGCUGCUGCUCCUCUUCAUCUGCCUGCAGAACUCCUGCGACGCCUUGUCGGCGCCGGUGUUCGUGAAGAUCCCCACGGAUCAGAUCGGCGUGUCCGGUGGAGUCGUGUCUUUCGUGUGUCAGGCCACAGGCGAUCCGAAGCCUCAGGUGUUCUGGAACAAAAAGGGCAAGAAAGUGAAUUCACAGAGAAUAGAGACCAUAGAGUUUGACGAAGGGGCGGGGGCGGUGCUUCGCAUCCAGCCACUCAGAGCGCCGCGUGAUGAAAAUGCUUACGAGUGUGUCGCCAAAAACACUGAAGGAGAAAUCACUAAGACCUCCACACUGUCCAUCAUCAGAGAGGACCUGCUGCCCUUCGGCUUCCCCAGCAUCGACAUGGGCCCGCAGCUGAAGGUGGUGGAGAGAACCAGAACCGCCACCAUGCUGUGCGCCGCCAGCGGGAUCCCCGAUCCCGAGAUCUCCUGGUUCAAGGACUUCCUCCCCGUGGAGCCGGCGCUCAGCCAAGGGCGAAUCAAGCAGCUGCGAUCAGGAGUCUUUGGUGCGCUGCAGAUCGAGCGCAGUGAGGAGACGGAUCAGGGGAAGUACGAGUGCGUGGCGUCUAACUCUCAGGGCGUGCGCUACUCGUCCCCUGCUAACUUAUACGUGAGAGAGCUGCGAGAAGUGCGCCGCGUUCCCCCUCGCUUCACCAUCCUUCCCACCAGCCACGAGAUCAUGCCAGGCGGGAGCGUGAACAUCACCUGCGUCGCCGUCGGCUCUCCGAUGCCCUACGUGAAGUGGAUGCUCAAUUCGGAGGACCUGACGCCGGAGGACGAGAUGCCCGUGGGACGUAACGUUCUAGAGCUGAACGGCGUGCGAGAGUCGGCCAACUACACCUGCGUCGCCAUGAGCAGCUUGGGAAUCAUUGAGGCCGUGGCGCAAGUUAUUGUUAAGUCUUUACCCAGAGCUCCUGGUACCCCCAUCGUCACGGAGACGACCCCCACCAGCGUCACCAUCACCUGGGACUCUGGUAACCCUGACCCCGUUUCCUAUUACAUCAUCCAGUACCGCGCCAAAUCCCCAGACAGCAAGUACGAGACGGUGGACUCCAUCACCACCACCCGUUACAGCAUCGGUGGCCUCUACCCCAACACUGAGUACGAGAUCCGCGUUUCCGCCGUCAACACCAUCGGCCAGGGUCCGUCCAGCAACAAGGUGGAAGCUCGAACUGGAGAGCAAGCCCCCGCCAGCCCGCCGCGGAACAUCCAGGCGCGCAUCAUAUCCCAGAACGCAGUGAUGGUGCGCUGGGACGAGCCGGAGGAGCCCAACGGUUUGAUCAAGGGCUAUCGAGUGUAUUACACCAUGGAUCCUUCGCAGCCAAUGAGCAACUGGCAGAUCCACAACGUUCAGGACAGCAUGAUUACGACCAUCCACAGCCUCGUGCCGUCCGAGACGUACACCAUACGCGUGCUGGCGUUCACAUCUGUGGGAGAUGGACCCUUCUCUGAUCCCGUUCACGUCAAAGUGAGACCUGGAGUUCCUGGGCAGCCGGGGAAGUUCCAGGUUGGUAAAGUGACCGACACCAGCGUGGAGUUGACCUGGGAACCUGCGUACUCCAAAGAGCCCGUGAAAGCCUACGAACUCAUCUACAAAUCUCCAGAUCUCGGCGUUCAGGAGAAGAGGAAUUUUGAGCCCAGGACGUCAUAUGUGGUGGAGGGUCUGCGCGCCAACACCGAAUACACCUUCUCUCUGGCUGCCGUUUCCAACAAAGGCAUCGGAGCGUUCACCAACGAGAUCAACCAACGCACGGCGCAAGCAAAGCCCACGUCUCCUCCGCGCGAGGUCCGCUGCUCCGCCGCCGGCUCCACCUCGCUGUCGGUAAGUUGGGCUCCGGCCCCGGAGGAGCAGCAGAAUGCGGCGCCGCUCGGAUACGAGGUGCAUUAUCAGGUCAGCGGCGAUGACACCGGCGGGUUUGACUCACCGCAGACGCUGCGUCUGGAGCCGGAUGUGGGACAGACGCUCCUGAAGGGCCUGCGGCGCUGGAGCUCGUACCGCGUCACGGUGGCGGCGCUGACGGAGCAGGGCGACGGACCCCAGAGCCAAGCUGUAGAAUGCAGAACUGAUGAAGAUGUGCCCGGAGCUCCGCCCCGUCAGGUGGACGUCCAGCCCCUCAACAGCACCUCUGUUAAAGUGUUGUGGCACUCCGUGUUGCCGGGGCAACGGAACGGGCAGAUCCGUGGUUACCAGGUUCACUAUGCGCGUAUGGAGAACGGGGAGUCGCAAGGCCUGCCGCGCAUCAAAGACAUGAUGCUGGACGAUGCCCAGAGGGACGUGGAUGAGACGGCACAAUAUGAGCUGAUCAUCGAGGAUCUGCAGCCUGAGACGCUGUACUCCAUCAGUGUGGCGGCGUACACCGUCAAGGGUGACGGAGCUCAGAGCGUCGCUCAUCUGGUGCAGACGCCCGUCGCACUACCAGCUCGUCCCGUUCUGUCCGUUCAGCUGGUUAAUGAGACGUCUGCGGCUGUGAUCUGGACCACCCAACAAUCCUCCAGCCCUCUGCUAGAGAUCCUGGGCUUUCGUCUGACCUACGGCCUUAAGAACGACUCCCAGUCUUUCUCUGUGGACGUCAGACCUGAAGAGCGUCAGCACACCGUGAGCGACCUGCGUCCUGGUGGCGUCUACUCAUUCCUCCUGGCCGCCAGAGGGCGCUCUGGAUACGGCGAAGAGGCUGAAGAGGAGCUUCCGGUGCCCGAGUUUCCUCCCAAAGGUUUUCCGCAGCUGUCGGAGCGUGUCAAUGCCACCUGCUGCUCGCUGCAGUUCACCUGGCUUCCUCCGAGCGGCGUUUAUACGGGAUACACGCUCGCGUACGAGGAAGCGGGUGGUGGCAUUGAACCGCGGACGCUGACGGUACCGGCGGACGUGUCCAGCUACACCAUUCACGGGCUGAACCCGGACCGGGCGUACGCUGUGAGAAUGUCGGCUCACAACGGCGCUGGCUCGGGCCCGUAUAGCCCACAGGUGCUGUACCGAACGACGGCCUUCGACACAGACGUGCCGAGGAAUUUCUCAGUGAAUCUGGCGACUAAGACGAGUGUGUUGCUGACGUGGGAGUUUCCAGAGAGCAGCGCCCCCUAUCGCUUCACUGUGGAGUACAACCGGCAGAAGAUGGAGGUGGACGCUCGUCUGAGGAAGGCGGUUAUUCCGAACCUACAGCCGGACACCAGUUACGACUUCAAGAUCACCAGCCCCGAGGGGAACAUGGGCGGACUCAGACACCGCAUACACGCCAAGACCUCGCCGCCCAUCCUGAUCCGCCGGCCCGAGGUGGACCACACGCGAGAGGCCGAAGCCACGGUCACCAUCAUCCUGCCGUCGCUGGACACCAGGAGCAACGUGAGGAACAUCUAUGUGGUGGUGGUUCCUCUGAAGAGAGCCAGAGGAGUGAUUCGCCAUCUGAAGAGCCCAGACGAGAUGGACCUGGAGGAGACAGGAGGAUCAGACGCUUUUUCUCUGACGGAUUCAGUGCUGAUGUUGUUGCAGCUGCUGAAGGACAUCAGUCAGAAGCAGCGAGACCCGCGGCAGCGUCAGGUGGACCUGCGGAGAGCUUACAUCACGGCCCGCUUCACACCCGCCACCCUGCCCGCCUUCUUCACGCUGGGCAACCAGCAGGACUACGGCGGCUUCGAGAACCGGGCCUUAGAGGCGGGUCAGGAGUACGUCUUCUUCAUCCUGGCUGAGCUCAACUCCACCACCGGGAAGAUGUUUGUGGCCAGCCCUUACACCGACCCCGUGAUCGCGCCCGACUCGGACCCGCAGCCUCUGGACGCGGGCGACGGCCUCAUCUGGGUGGUGGGACCCGUCCUGGCCGUGGUCUUCAUCAUCUGCAUCGUCAUCGCCAUCCUGCUCUACAAGAAGAAGCAGCUAUUUCUGGACAGGAAGAUAAUAGAGUCUGAGGUGAAGAUUCAAUCAGAUGAACUGCAGAAUGAUCUGGAUGAAACCAGUAAACCCGACAGCAAACGCAAGGACUCUGAGCCGGGAACCAAAUGUUUGCUGAACAAUGCCGAGAUGAUGGCUCACCAUCCCACCGACCCCGUGGAGAUGAGACGCAUCAACUUCCAGACACCAGGUAUGAUGAGUCACCCGCCCAUCCCCAUCUCUGAUCUGCCCGAACACACGGAGCGCCUGAAGGCCAACGACAACCUGCAUCUGUCGCAGGAGUACGAGUCGAUUGAUCCUGGUCAGCAGUUCACAUGGGAACAUUCAAACCUGGAGGUGAACAAGCCGAAGAACCGCUACGCCAACGUGAUCGCGUACGACCACACGCGUGUCGUUCUCGCGCUGGCAGACGGCAUUAUGGGUAGUGACUACAUCAACGCGAACUACAUCGAUGGUUACAGGAAGCAGAACGCGUAUAUCGCCACCCAGGGGCCGCUGCCGGAGACCUUCGGUGAUUUCUGGCGGAUGGUGUGGGAGCAGAGAGCCGCUUCAGUGGUCAUGAUGACUAAACUAGAGGAGAAAUCCCGGAUCAAGUGCGAUCAGUACUGGCCCAGUCGCGGCACGGACACGUACGGGGCGGUUCAGGUCACUCUGCUGGACACGAUGGAACUGGCCACGUUCUGUGUGCGAACCUUCUCUCUGCAUAAGAGCGGCUCCAACGAGAGGAGAGAGGUCCGGCAGUUCCAGUUCACGGCUUGGCCCGACCACGGCGUUCCCGAAUAUCCCACUCCAUUCCUGGCCUUCCUCCGCAGGGUCAAAGCGUGCAACCCGCCGGACGCCGGUCCCGUCAUCGUCCACUGCAGCGCCGGCGUGGGCCGCACCGGCUGCUUCAUAGUGAUCGACGCCAUGCUGGAGCGCAUCCGUCACGAGCGGACGGUGGACGUGUACGGUCACGUGACCCUGAUGCGCUCGCAGAGGAACUACAUGGUGCAGACGGAGGAUCAGUACGGCUUCAUCCACGAGGCGCUGCUGGAGGCCGUGGCCUGCGGGAACACGGAGGUGGCGGCGCGGAGCCUGUACUCCUACAUACAGACGCUGUCGCAGGUGGAGGCGGGAGAACACGUGAGCGGAAUGGAGCUGGAGUUCAAGCGUCUGGCCAACACUAAAGCACACACCUCCCGGUUCGUCAGCGCUAAUCUGCCCUGCAACAAGUUCAAGAACCGGCUGGUGAACAUCAUGCCGUACGAAACCACACGCGUGUGUCUGCAGCCAAUCAGAGGCCUGGAAGGGUCCGACUAUAUCAACGCCAGCUUCAUCGACGGAUACAGGCAGCAGAAGGCGUAUAUUGCGACGCAGGGGCCGCUGGCGGAGACGACUGAGGACUUCUGGCGGAUGCUGUGGGAACACAACUCCACCAUCGUGGUGAUGCUGACCAAACUGCGCGAGAUGGGACGGGAGAAGUGUCAUCAGUACUGGCCGGCGGAGCGUUCGGCUCGAUAUCAGUACUUCGUGGUGGAUCCCAUGGCAGAAUACAACAUGCCGCAGUACAUCCUGAGAGAGUUCAAAGUCACUGACGCCAGGGAUGGACAGUCCAGAACUGUCAGACAGUUCCAGUUCACCGACUGGCCAGAACAAGGUGUUCCAAAGUCAGGGGAGGGUUUCAUUGAUUUCAUUGGACAGGUGCAUAAAACCAAGGAGCAGUUCGGUCAGGAUGGACCAAUCACAGUGCACUGCAGUGCGGGCGUCGGACGCACAGGUGUGUUCAUCACUCUCAGUAUCGUGCUGGAGCGGAUGCGUUACGAGGGCGCCGUCGACAUCUUCCAGACCGUCAAAAUGCUGCGCACGCAACGGCCGGCGAUGGUGCAGACUGAGGACGAGUAUCAGUUCUGCUAUCAGGCCGGUCUGGAGUACCUUGGAAGUUUUGAUCACUAUGCAACAUAAGAGAAGAAGAACGCCAACAUGUCAAACCUUCCCCCUCAACAACCCCACAAACACUCGCAGAGGAACAAACUCAUACAGCGCAGACGUUCUCUCAGAACCUCCGGAGACGCAAACUAUUACCUCAGUGUUCAAAUAUUGAUAUUAAUGUUGUGGUCGGCUUUUUAGAAAUAUUAAACUGUGGAUGAAGAUCUUCUUCGUAACAAGAGGAAAAUAUUACAUGUACAAAAUCUAUUUAAAGCAAAACAACAACAACAAAAAAAGAAACUAUGAAAUCAAAAGCCUGGAUAAUUGCUGCACCCUUCAGUGGGAGUUUCUUCAAACUGUAUUUGCCAACGUCAGACGUGAGUUAGUGUGAACGAAGGGAACGCGAGUCAUCGUUGCCAUCCGGACCGCAGAUCUCCUACCUUCUGUGCCUAACGGAGCGACCGCAGAACCGCAGCCAACGCGUCGACGUGAUGUAAUCUCUGCUCCGGAGCUCGUGGACCAGACGGACUGAACUCCUGUGAAUACUGUAUUUCGGUGUGUCUCUACAUGACUAUAUGCUGCUUACGCCGUGUUUGGGUGGCCGAGGGAGUUUUCAAUGCUUGAAUCUCGUAUCUGUAUCAUGUUCUUUUGCUCCUUUCAGCUGUGGCAUAAUGUACUACGCCUAGUCUUUAUGGUGAGACGGAAGAGGGACGAUUAUUCAGCCCAAAACAUACAAGCGAUUCAGCACGCACAUUCUAGACACGGCGAGGAGGGAUCUUGGGCGAAGACGAGGUUCAUUCCCCAGUAUUUCCAGUCACUGAAUCGGAUCUAGAUCGUCGUCCUCGCCCAUUUCCCCUCAAACAGAUGUCCGGACAGUAGUUUCUGUUUCUGCUCAUCUGUUUGACUCGUUCUCGCAGCGAAACUCUUCCUGUCAUGUUUAGUUUAGCCGAGGCGUGAUGUUUAGGAGUAGCGCAGGAAACGAGCCGGUUCGGAGACGUGAAGUGAGCCUUAUCGUUGUUGUCAAAUAUUUAAUCGACCUGAUUUUUUAUUUCAUUUUGUUGAUAUUAUGCUUGAAUUUUUAAGGAUCUAUUUAUUUACAUGAUUUUUAUGGCAAUAUAAUUUGUGAGCUGUGGUGUAGUUGGCCAGCUAAUGUGACUGUACAUGGCUCAGAUGUACAGUGUUGUGCUUCGUAACCCUCUCAGAUAUUUUGAUAUUUCCUGUGCACUGAUUGUUCUAGAGGAAGCCAACGGCCCGCGGCCCUCCGGAGCCCAAACGCACCGAAACGGUCCAGUCGUGACGUAUCGUGCAAACUGAGACAUUACACGUGUUCCUCAUCAGCAUUAAUGGCAUAAUCAGUCAAACGAAGUGAAGUUGAAGCACACGCAGGUUUGAAGAGCCCAGAGAACCUCAGAUCAAGUUUUGCAUACAGUGAUGUGCCGCGGUAAACUGAUCUAACUCAACCCAACAAAAACUACCAGGGUCAUACCAUGUUAACGUGAUUGACUGAAAUGUGAUGGAUGGCCGAUAAAUGUAUUGACAGCAAGUGAGAUUUAAGACAUGGUCACAUUUACAGAUGUUGUGCGACUUUUCAAAGAGCUUCAAUAGGAAUACAUGCGAAUUUCACAAAAGCACAUUUCGCAAAUUGUUCAAGUUGGUCGUGUGGAUUCGCGUUACGCAUCGCCAAUAUGAAAUAGUUUUUGACCCUCAAAUCACACCUUUACACAAAACUGCUUCUGUUAAUCGGCCAAAGUGAAUGUGGUUUAAUCUAAAACAUGACCAAAUAUCAGCGGAUUAAUGGUCGUGUUCGGUCAGCACAUCAGAGAAGCGUGGUUUCAGCAUCUGAUGCAUCACUGUACCGUUUCACCAGCUCAAUACUAGUCAGCGAGACGCCGAUCUGCAUCAGCACAGAGUUUUUCUCUCCUCAUGAAAGCACAUUCAGACAUUGAGACACGAUUCUCACUAAUUAAAAUGUUCCUUUAAAGACGAAAGCACACAAAUAACCCCUCAAUCGGCUGUCAAAGCAACAAUUGAUCAGACGAGCGGCGAGUGAACGUGGGCCGAGUGCUGAUGACGUAGUGGUUCACUUUUCUCUGCUUAUUGAUUUCAGAUCAUGUGUGUAGAUAUGUCGACUUUGUAUUAAAACAGAACGACUGGAUAUACUGACGUGAA